AAUUUUCCGUUGGUUGGUUGGUCAAUCAAUAGCGCAAGUUCAAACCUAGUUACGUAGAGCUAGGCAGCCCAGCAGCAGCUUAAGGGGAUGGGUUUCGCGGGCAGCUUCCAGGCUUAGACCUUCCCUCAACCUUGACGCAUCUCACACUGAUUCCUCCUCCCGUCUCUCUUUCCUCUUUCCCAUCUCUGUUUCACUUAGUCUCAAGAUCUUCGCACUCUACCUUCCUCUACUGCAUUAUUGAUCCUCCUUCCCUCCCUCCCUCCAUCCAUCCAGCACCCACCCUCUUUGUCUGGUGCUUUAGAUCUCGGUUAUUUGGAGUAGUUUUUGUUGGGUGGGAUCUGUGUGUUGAGAAAUCCUUGUAGAGGAGCUUGGAGAAGAAGUGCGAUGGUGAGUGGGAGCGUUGGGGAUUGAGACGAUGGAGAAAAUGGCCUAGUGGGUGGGAUGGUGGCUCGCAAGCGGACCUUUGUGAGGGUCUUUGCGGUUGGUGACAGCGGUGUUGGAAUAGUAAAGCCUGUUGUGAAUCUUGAAUGCGGCAGUAGAAUUACCAUCAUCGGAUUAGAGUGCAUGUUGUGAUAUUGGAUUCGAGCGGUUCUGGGGUGCUGUUCGAAACUUGUUACGGAUUAGGAGGACUGCGACGUAGAAUAGGCAGAAAUGCCCGGUGUUGGGGUUAAGCUGUACAGUGUGUUUUUCAAGUUUCUCUUGAAACAGAGGCUGUCCAACACGGGUGCUCCAAACAAUGACGGAUAUGGGCUGAUCUCACUCGGAUCAAAUGUGUCCACUCCAGCAAAUGCCUCAUUCGUCGAUGGUGUGGCUACCAAGGAUGUUAAUAUAGAUCCCUUCACUUCCCUCUCCCUUCGCAUUUUUCUCCCCCAAUCUGCUCUUCCCAAUCACUCCCGGGCCGUCUUCCUUGGCAAGAUCGAAAGUAUUGACGAAUCUGGAUGGGAAAGUAACAGUCAGCAGCUGGAUGUAAGACCUUCAGACGGACAUGGACAAGCACAUGGAUACCAAGGAUACGUGCCAUCAAAUUCUGAGAAGAAUCACAAGAAACUCCCCGUAAUGAUCCAAUUUCACGGAGGAGCAUUUGUGACAGGGUCGAAGGAUUCUAGUGCAAAUGACAUCUUCUGCAGACGCAUGGCAAAGGCUUGUAAUGUGAUUGUGAUAGCAGUGGGUUACAGGCUGGCUUUGGAGCACAAAUGCCCCGCCGCUUAUGAAGAUGGUUUCGAGGCUUUGCAUUGGUUAGCAAAGCAGGCAAACUUAGCGGAAUGUAGUAAAAGUGCAACGUAUAUCCCUGCGGGGUUCAUGUACAAGGGUUCGGAUUCAUACAAGGAGUUGGUAGACUCGUUUGGAGAUUCCGCUUUGGAGCCUUGGAUUGCUGCCCAUGGGGACGUCUCACGGACGAUAAUAUUGGGCGUGAGUUCUGGGGGAAACAUUGCUGAUCAUGUCACACGCAUGACCAUCCGAGAUGCAAGCUCCAUAGAGCCCGUGAAAGUUGUUGCACAGGCAUUGAUGUAUCCUUUUUUCUUAGGAAAAGUACAAACACGCUCAGAGAUCAAGCUUGCCAACACCUACUUCUACGACAAAGCCUCUUGUUUGUUGGCCUGGAAGUUGUUUCUACCUGACGAGGAGUUUGAUCUGGACCAUCCUGCGGUGAACCCUCUGAAUUCUUCCCGAGAGCCUUUACUGAAGCAAAUGCCCCCUACUCUGGUCGUAGUCGCGGAGCUUGACUGGAUGAAGGAUAGAGCAAUUGCCUAUGCAGAGGCGCUGAGGAAGGCUGGAGUUGAUGCGCCAGUGUUGGAGUAUAAAGAUGCAGUUCAUGAGUUUGCUACGCUCGAUUUGUUGGUCAAAUCAAGACAAGCGGAGUCAUGUGCUGAAGAUAUGGCCAUCUGGAUCAAGAAGCAGAUUGUGGCUAAAGGCACGGAGUUUUCAUAUUAAUUGUAUCUAAUAGAUUAAUAAACCCUUCUCUGUACCGUAUGUUAGAAAAUUACGAAUUCAUAUAUUGCUAUACCCUACUUCCAAGGGCUUUUAUGGACAUCAUCAGGGACGCAACCCAGGCCCUCAAGACACGAGCAGACAAAUCUUGUACUGUAGAUUGAGUGGAAAAAAGGAAAGGAAUUCAAUUCUGCUAGCGAGGAAAACUUUUUUUUGUCAAAGCUGCAAUACUGAAGGGCGUGUACCGUCCCCUCGGCUCAGCACUGAUGAGAAAGCCUCCAUUUUCUCUGUAGUCGUCGUUGGUUAGUUCGGCCCAUCAGGCCGUGACCAGGAAAUUAAUGUGACCCAAGUCCUGUUCGUUAGCAUGCUACAUUUGAAUUGUGAGCAUUUAAAAACCGGUUUAUAAAGGUGUACAGGAACAAAACUUUGCUCA